AUGGAUUUCUUUGUGUGUUUCAUGCCAUUCAUUUUGAUGCUUCUUUGUUUGUCGGAGGUGUCAUCUGGUCAGAUUGCGUAUUCAGUUUCAGAGGAAGUGAAAAAGGGGACGGUUGUCGGAAACAUCGCUAAAGAUUUGAACAUUAAUGUGCACGAUUUGGAAUAUCGACUGUUUCAGAUCGUGUCUGGAUCUAAUAAAAAAUAUUUCGAUGUCAAUCUGAAGACAGGAGCACUGUUCGUAAGUGAACGUAUUGACCGCGAGGAAUUUUGCAGUUUAGAGCAAAAAUGCAUCUUAAAUAUCGAGGCCCUCGCUCAGAACCCUCACCGUCUUUAUAGGAUUGAGAUAACGAUCGUGGACAUAAAUGAUAACGCACCCCAUUUCCCACUGGACACGUUCAAGCUGAAUAUUACAGAGAACGCUAACCCAGGAGAGAGAUUUCUUCUUCCGGUGGCUGAGGAUGAUGAUAUAGGCAGCAAUGCACUGAAAGAUUACCGACUGAGUGCCAGUGAGUUCUUCUCAAUAGAUGUACAGAAGGAUGAGCAGAGUGUGUCAGCUGAGUUGGUGCUGCAAAAGGCUUUAGACAGAGAAAAACAGUCAUCUCUUCGGCUGCUGGUUAGCGCUUUAGAUGGAGGAAAACCUCCCAAGUCAGGGACUUUGAAUAUAAUUGUAAACGUCAUCGAUGUCAACGACAACAGUCCAGUUUUUAGCAUGCCUCUUUACAAAGUAAAAGUGAAAGAAAAUAUUUCAUUAGGGAGUAAAAUUUUGUCUGUCUCCGCCUCUGAUUUAGAUGAAGGUACGCACAGUGACGUAGUGUACUCUAUUUUAGGACACGGAAAGUCAAAGAAAGACUUGUUUACCAUAACCUCUGAAACUGGUCAAAUUGUCGUAAACGGACAGCUUGAUUAUGAAGAAAAUCGAGCUAUUGAGCUGAGAGUUCAAGCAAGAGACAAAGGUAGUCCUCCUCAAAGUACACAAUGCAAAGUUUUAGUAGAAGUUUUAGAUGAAAAUGACAAUGCUCCGGACAUUAAAACGACUCCAUUACUAGACAGUGUAAAAGAGAACACUAAACCUGAUACUGCUGUGGCUUUAGUUACAGUCUCUGAUAAUGAUGGAGGCAAAAACGGAAUUGUGCACCUUUCAAUCAAAGGCUCUUUUCCUUUUAAAUUAGAGCAAUCGUAUAAAAACCAUUAUUCUUUGCUAGUAAACGGCCCUUUGGACAGAGAAAAUAUCUCACAGUUUAACAUUCCGCUGGAGGCUGUAGAUGAAGGAACUCCGCCUCUUUCCAGCAGCGCUGUCAUAGCUGUCAGUAUUGCGGAUGUUAAUGAUAACGCUCCUCGUUUCGCAACACCAAUUUUUAAUGGUUAUAUAAGAGAAAACGGACGGGCUGGAGAUCUUGUUGUGAAAGUUUUGGCAGAGGAUUCAGAUCUUGGUAGUAACGCCGACCUUUUAUAUUCACUGUUCGAGAACUCCAGCGGCGCGGUUCGGGUAUCACCUAUGAUGAACAUUAAUACGGUGAAUGGUGAAAUAUACACAACGCAGUCUUUUAACUACGAAGAAAUACAACGAUUUCAGUUUGUAGUGGAGGCUAAAGACUCUGGUGUUCCCCCUUUAAGCAGUAACGUCACUGUGAACGUUUUUAUCCUGGAUGAGAAUGACAACAGUCCAGUUUUUCUCCCUCCUCAUUCUGACCCCGGAUCAGUAAACAGUGAGAACAUUCCCUACUCUGCUGAAGCGGGGUAUUUUGUGGCUAAAGUCAGAGCUGUAGACGCCGAUUCAGGUUAUAAUGCACUAUUAUCAUAUCACAUAACCGAAUCAAAGGGAACGAAUCUCUUCCGAAUCGGAACCAGCACCGGAGAAAUAAGGACUAAACGACGAAUGAGUGACAACGACUUAAAAGCUCACCCGCUUAUCAUUACUGUGUCGGAUAACGGAGAACCUUCACUGUCCACAACUAUGAGUAUUGAAGUUGUGGUUGUGGAAAAUAUGGACAGUCUGCAGCCUUCACUAAGACAAGUGCCAGUAAAGGAGGAGGAUUUUUCUAAACUGAAUCUCUAUCUGCUCAUCGCUAUUGUCUCAGUGUCCGUGAUAUUUUUACUGAGCCUCAUCGCUUUAAUAGCAGCUAAAUGCUACGGGACAGACGGCGGUUUCAGCAGGUCCAGUGCUCCUGUGAUCACUACACACCCUGACGGGAGCUGGUCUUACUCUAAAUCCACACAGCAGUAUGAUGUGUGUUUUAGUUCAGACACACUGAAGAGUGACGUAGUAGUUUUCCCCUCGCCGUUUCCGCCUGCAGACGCAGAGCUGAUCAGCAUUAAUGAAGGAGACACUUUUAACAGGACGCAAACUCUUCCGAGUUCCACAAAGCCUCGAGGAGUCGCUGGUGACCGUAACAUUGAAAGCUCACAUCUCAUUUACAACUCUCCACCGUCACUGCUACUUAAUCGCAUAGAGGUGGAGCGUUAG